AUGGCUGGGCGGGCGGGCAUCGCCAACCCUUUGCACCAGUUGGACAGAGAAAGUUUUCACCAUGACAGGACUACUCCUGCGAGGCCACAGCAGAAAGCUGGGCGAACUCCAGAGCAGGCUCAGCACGUGCGGAUGGGUUUGCAGAAUACCAAGGGAGCUUGUGGGGCUGACGGGAAAGCGCGGAGCAGCGAAAACGGGGCAGCGAGGGGCGGCUUGAACGAGGGGCAGCGGGCGACCCACGCGCCAGCAGCUGGAGCAGCGCGGCGGCGCAGCGGACGCGGCCGGGGUGGGUAUGGCAGCGGCCGGCGGCGCGGCGAGCGGCCCGCGCAGAGCCAGGGCGCGGCGGAGGACGACCUGGAGGCGCGGAUCCAGGGCGAGCUUCAGAAAGGCGCAUUCCGGGCUCACGGGCGCCGCGCGCAGAUAUCGAUCGGGCACCUGCUGGAGCUGGAGGUUGGGGAGAGCGCGGCGCGCGGCGGCGGGGCGGGGUGUGAGCGGCCGGGCGCGCGGCGGCGGCGGCGGCGAGGCAGCGAGGAGCACGUGCAUCUGCAGGGCGAGGCGUAUGUGAACGCCAGCUACCGGUUCCUGGUCGACCCGCGCGCGGACUGCGCGGCGCAGACGGUGGACCCCAACGUGCCGCUGCCUGCGGACAGCAUCCGGCGGGUGGUGGCCCCGCGGGGCCAGGCGUGCCCGAUCUGCCUUGCGGAGGAGGUGGUGGCCCCGCGGAUGGCGCCCUGCGGCCAUAUUCUCUGCAUGACGUGCAUGCUGCAGUUCUUCGCUGCAGAAACGGGCCGCGAGGUUGCGCGGGCGCCAGGAGCGUACGUCCGGCGGCCGCCAAAGGAGUGUCCCCUAUGUGGCAGCAUCGUGCGCAAGGAGCGGUGCAUGCCCGUGCUCCUGGCCGACGACGCGGAGGCCGCGCGCGAGCCUGUGGCAGGCCAGGAGGUCGAGCUGCAGCUCAUGUGCCGGCCGCGGGGGUCGCUCCUGGCGCUUCCCGUGCGGCUCGGCGUCGACCCGGCGGCUGUGGGUCCAUUUCCGCCCGCAGGUGACGAGACGCUGGCGCAGUACUGUCGUGUGCUGACGUGCGACGCCAGCUACGCGCGGCAACUGUACAUGCGCGACAUUGAGGCUAUCCAGACACAGUGCGAGAUCGACCGCGCGCUCUACAACGACGGGGGGGCGUUUGUGGCGCCUGCGAUCGCAGAGAUCGAAGAGCGCAUCGCCCAGUGCGCAGACGACGAGCCGUCGCUGCCGGAUCUGGAGCGGCUCUCGCUUGCCGCCCUGCCCGAGUACGACGAUUCCAACGCCUACUUCUUCUACCAGACGGCCUUUGCUGCCGUCACGCGCUACUUUCUUUCACCACUAGAUGUGCGUCUGCUGCGCGAGACCUUCGGUGCAUAUGCCCAUCUCCCCCCUGUGCUGCGCGUCCGCAUCGAGCACGUCCACCGCGGCUCCGUUGUCACAGACGCCACGGUGCAGCGGCACCGCUACUUUGGCCACCUGCCCACAGGCUGCGAACUCGCCUUCUUGGAUGUGGACUGGCGCGGCCACCCAGCCGUGCCGCACGCGGUCUUCCAACACUUUGCGGCCGACCUAGCCACCCGCCGGCGUCAGCUGCGCGUGCGCCAGUUGCGGGAGGACAAGCUCAAGAAGCGGUACGAGGAGCAGCUCGAGCGCGAGCAGUCCGACUUUUACCAGCGCGAAAACGGCAGCUUGCCGCAGCUCUCUGCCCCUCCGCGACCAGCAGCCGCGACUUUCCAGAGCUUGGUAGAUCCCACGGACUCCCCCGCAGAUCACAUAGAGCCUACACGCCUACAGAGUACCGUGUGGGGCACGAAAAUCCUCCUGUCUGAGCAGGACCCUUCACCCGAGGAUGCUGCCUUCGAACAGAUGCUGCUGCAGCUCAGCGAAGAGCACACACGCCCCGUCUCUGGUAAGCGAAACAAGAAUAAGAAGAGUCUGGUGACCCUUCUGAGUUCCAACCAGGCCAGAGGUUCGCUUUAG